ACCACACCUCCCUUGACUCCACCUCUUUUAGCCACUCCCCUAAAAAUGUCUCGACAGUAUGGGAGCAAGUCUACCCUUGAAGGAAGGAAAGCAUCAGUGAGUGGGGAACUGUUCACGCUAACAUACGGUGCACUGGUGGCUCAGUUGGUAAGGGACUAUGAGUCUGAUGAUGAGAUUAACAAGCAGUUGGAUAAAAUGGGGUACAAUAUUGGAGUGAGGCUAAUCGAAGACUUCCUUGCUCGCUCUCCAGAGGUUGGACGUUGUCAUGAUUUAAAAACUACGGCCGACAUUCUUACCAAACAAGGUUUCAAGACUUUCCUUGGCAUAGUACCAGUUAUUGCUAACUGGAGUCCCAAAGGCGAUGAGUUCUCGCUAAUAUUAGAAUCCAAUCCACUCACUGACUUUGUUGAACUACCUGAUGAUCAUCCCAACUUACUUUAUUCUAAUAUAAUCUGUGGAGUUAUUAGAGGAGCACUGGAAAUGGUUCAGUUAGAUGUGGAAGUGUGGUUUGUGCAAGAUACACUUAAAGGAGAUGAUACAGCAGAAAUCAGAGUCAGGUUCAAAAAGAAGUUAGAAGAUGCAGUCCCUGCAGGAGAAGACUAGAAUUUUUAUCAUAAUAAUUGUACUUAAUGAUAAUACCGUAUAUUGUUUUAAUAA